CAAGCCGAGCCACGUGAAAAGCCCAACACAGUCGUGUCUUGCGCGCGUCGGGAAAUCCGAGCGCACGCACGAUAUUCCGUCCGGCCGUUUACGUUCGCACGUAUAAAAGGGACGAUUAUAAUCGGCCGAGCGCGCAGAGUGUGCGGACGUAUAGAGCGCAUGAACGGCCGGCGGCCCGCGUCAAGACUUGUCGUGCACCAGUGUUGUAUAGUGCGCAGGUCUUAUAUUGCAAUCUGCUGUACAUCGCAAGUGCAGUGCUGUCAAUUAAGGUGCGAGCGAGGCUUUUGCUCGAUCGAAUAUAAGCGAAAAAAGAUUUUUAAAAAUGAGUGCGAUGACUCGGGCGACUGCCGGUGUGGUCGUGUUGCUGUUGCUGAUUCUUGACUGUGCGAGAUCGGCACCGUCGGCUCCCAAUAAACGUAGCUUCGUGGAGGACGAUGACUGGGCUGCUUUUAAACUGCGUUACAAAAAGAAUUACAACGGCGACGUAGAGGAGAAUUUCAGGCGAUCGGUUUUUCACGAAAAUCAGCGCAAGAUCGCGGAGCACAACCAGAAGCACGAUUUGGGCCUGUUCACUUACAAGGUCAGGAUAAACCAAUUCGGUGAUAUGAUGUUUGAAGAGUACAAGAACUACAUGCACGCGGCGAACAACACGAUCACGCAACUAAAGCGGAUACCCCGAGGCGACGAGUUCAUUAAGCCGAAAUCCGCCGAGAAUGUGCCGGAACACGUGGACUGGCGACAACGUGGCGCGGUGACACCUGUCCGAGACCAGGGUCUCACCUGCGGCUCUUGCUGGGCCUUCUCUGCGGCAGGCGCACUGGAAGCCCAGUACUUCAAGAAAACCGGCGUCCUCACAGCUUUAAGCGCCCAGAAUCUGAUCGACUGCACGAUGGAAUACGGGAAUCUCGGCUGUGGCGGUGGUAGCGCUGCCCUGUCCUUCCAAUUCGUCGUCGACCAGAAGGGCCUCGAGCCCGAAGCUAAUUACUCGUACGAGGGUCGAACCAAGGAGUGUCCCUACAAUACGAGUGACGACGAGGACGAAGAACUCGACGCGAGUUUCAUCUACGUCAACGGCGGGGAUGAGGCGACGCUCAAAGUAGCCGUUGCAACGGUUGGCCCUUUUUCCGCUGCGAUAGAUGGCUCGCACGAUACUUUUAGGUUUUACUCGGAAGGUGUCUACUACCAACCCGAGUGCAACGAAGACGACCUGGACCACGCCGUCUUGAUAGUCGGCUACGGCACGGACAAUCGCACGGAUCAGGACUUUUGGCUCGUGAAGAACAGCUGGGGCGAGACUUGGGGAGAAGGUGGUUACUUCAAGGUCGCCCGAAAUCGGCGCAACCACUGCGGCAUCGCUGCAGCAGCCGUCUAUCCCGUCAUCUGAGCUUCGACACUCUAAUCCUGCAUCACGACAUUCGCUCGUGCGAUGUGUGUAAAUGCGUCUGAAGUUCAGAGGUCGCGUCAGCCUGCGACGCAGUUGUGCUAUGCCGAUCGAUCGAUUCGGUGGUAACAAUGAUGCAUCGAGAGAACGACAAGUAUAUAUAGGCGAGAUUAAGAUGCGAACUCGUGCUCGAGCUUUUUUAUUGUUCUAAGCUGUAAUUGUGAGAUGAAUGUGAUUUGAGCGCGCGGAAAAGCGUGUUUCGAGCCGGUGUGCAUUGUGCAAUGGAGAUUAAUAUAAUAAUGUGUGUAAAAAUGUGUAGUAUUAAAUACCGAUUAAAUUUGUUAAUUAUUCACUCUAUAGCUGAUGAUACGUAUGGUAUUUUAAAUAGGUGGAUCGACACGGACGAUGCCUUUGCAAAUUUCUCGAUGAUUUCAAACGAUAGUCUGUAAGAAUUUCAACUAUACAUUCGGUAAUUUUCGAGUGUCGGUAAGUAAGGAAUACGAUCGAUACUUUAGGUCCCAUGCGAAAGUAUUUACAUUAAAUUCAAGUAUACCGACUACCAAUAAAUCGUCGCUAAUUACGAGGAGUAGCGCAGUUCAAAAGAAUCCAUUUAAUACUUUUAGGGCAUUCGGAUUAGAAUAAUUCUACGCGACGAAAUACGGCAUGAAAUACUAUAAUCAUCGUUGUAUCUCUAUGCAUUUUUAACGAUCUUACGAUUCUACUUGAAUUGUGUGUGCCAGAGCCUAUAACUGUUAAAUAAUUUCUAUUAUUAAAUCCGUAUACAUAGUUUUUUUAUCGUUAUGUAAAUAAUAUGUUGAUUAGCUAAAUAAUUAAGUUGAGUUCAAUGUAGAAUAUACUGUGAUUUAUGUGCUGUAUAGGUAAGCAAGUAUAUUUCUAACUAACUUUUAUAACUGUUAUAUAUUUGUAUCUGUAUUGUUAAUUAUUGUUAAGAUUCUGUUAACUGUCUAGUAAGUCUAUAGUAAGCUCAAUAAAUUCUGUAUAUUAUGUAUAA